UUACAUAUAGAGGAGAUGGAUAUUGGGUUUGACCAUAUUGCAGGACCAGAAAUGAGAGACAAACAGUCUCAUACCAUACACAAUCAUAAUCUUUUCUUCUUUCUCAUCUUCCAUUUCUUCAUUUUUACUCUCUGCUCUGCAACAACACCAAAUAGGCUGGAAGAAGAACCAGUGGGUUACGGCUACACCCUCCGUUCGGUGACCGUCGAUCCCUAUGGCAAGUUUUUGACCGCUCAUCUUCAACUCAUCAACAACUCCUCAGUUUAUGGAUUGGACAUUACACAUCUCAGGCUACUCACCUGGGCGGAGGGGGAUCUCCUGAAUAUUCGAAUCACAGAUGCCGAUCAUCCCAGAUGGGAAGUCCCACCGGAAUUCAUCCCUCGCGGCACUUCGCACCCCCACCGUCGUCUGCCGGAAAACCACCGAACCUCAACGGAAUACCACCAAACCUCAGCGAAAAACUACUUCCUCUCCAACCCAGAUUCAGACCUCGUCUUCACUCUCCACAACUCCACCCCAUUCGGCUUCACCGUCUCCCGCCGCUCCUCCGGCGACAUCCUCUUCGACACCUCGCCGGAUGCGUCAGAUCCCGGCACCUUCCUCGUCUUCAAGGAUCAGUACCUCCAGCUCUCCUCCUCUCUUCCACCACACAGAUCCUCUCUCUACGGCCUCGGAGAGCACACCAAGAGCUCCUUCAGGCUGACCCACAAUCAGACUCUGACCAUGUGGAACGCCGACAUCGGAAGUCGAACUCCUGAUGUCAAUCUAUAUGGGUCACACCCUUUUUACAUGGACGUCCGGUCGCCGGAUUCUGACGGCAGAGUUCCGGCGGGAACCACCCACGGUGUAUUGUUGCUCAACAGUAAUGGCAUGGACAUUGUGUAUACUGGUGGCAGAAUUACAUACAAGGUUAUUGGGGGUAUUCUUGAUUUAUAUUUCUUCACCGGACCGACGCCGGAAAUGGUUAUGGAGCAGUAUACAAAUCUCAUCGGAAGGCCUGCCCCAAUGCCAUACUGGUCUUUUGGAUUUCACCAGUGCCGUUAUGGUUACAAAGAUAUCUAUGAUGUUGAGAAUGUGGUUGCUGAGUAUCGAAAACAUGGAAUCCCUCUCGAGGUUAUGUGGACAGAUAUUGAUUACAUGGAUGGCUACAAGGAUUUCACUCUUGAUCCCAUUAAUUUUCCUUUGGACAAGAUGAGGAAUUUCGUUGAUACACUACACCGAAAUGGUCAGAAAUAUGUAGUCAUCUUAGAUCCUGGUAUCAGUGUGAAUAAGACGUAUCAAACCUUCAUAAGAGGGAUGCAAGCUGACAUCUUUAUAAAACGUGAUGGAGUCCCUUACCUAGGCAGCGUUUGGCCAGGGCCAGUCUACUUCCCUGAUUUUGUAAAUCCUGCUGGUGGAAUUUUCUGGGGUAAUGAAAUCAAAAUAUUCCGAGAUCUUCUGCCUGUUGAUGGCCUUUGGAUUGACAUGAAUGAGAUAUCCAAUUUCAUUUCAUCCCCUCCCACCCCAUUUUCUACCCUCGACAACCCUCCAUAUAAGAUUAAUAAUGCUGGAAUUCGACGCCCCAUUAACGAGAAAACUGUCCCAGCAACAGCUAUACACUUCGGUAACAUGACCGAGUACAAUGUUCAUAACCUUUAUGGAUUUUUAGAAUCAAAAGCUACCGGAGCAGCAUUAAUCAAAUCAACUGGCAAAAGGCCGUUCGUACUUUCUAGAUCGACUUUUGUGGGCUCUGGCAAGUACACAGCUCAUUGGACUGGAGACAACGCUGCUACGUGGAAUGAUCUAGCAUACACAAUUCCAAGCAUCUUAAAUUCUGGACUGUUUGGGAUUCCAAUGGUUGGAGCUGAUAUAUGUGGUUUUUCUGAUAACACUACUGAAGAACUUUGCGGGCGAUGGAUUCAGCUAGGGGCCUUUUAUCCCUUUGCAAGAGACCACUCAGAGAAGUAUACUAUCCGUCAAGAGCUCUAUGUCUGGGAUUCAGUCGCUGCGACAGCCAAGAAGGUGCUUGGGCUCCGCUACCGGCUACUACCCUACAUUUAUACAUUAAUGUACGAGGCACACAUAAAAGGGAUCCCCAUUGCACGGGCCCUUUUCUUCUCGUUCCCACAAGACAUCAAAACUUACAAUAUCAACUCACAGCUUCUUAUCGGUAAAGGUGUAAUGGUGUCACCAGUGCUUGAGCCGGGGGCAGGCUCGGUUAAUGCAUACUUCCCAGCAGGAAACUGGUUUGACCUCUUCAACUACUCGAAGUCAGUGAGCGUGAAUCCAGGAAAUUACGUGACACUUGAUGCACCACCUGAUCACAUAAACGUGCAUGUCCGGGAAGGGAACAUAUUGGCCAUGCAAGGAGCAGCCAUGACAACACAAGCAGCUCGGAAGACGCCAUUCCAGCUCUUGGUGGUCAUCAGCAGCAGGGAAAACAGCACCGGUGAAGUUUUCUUGGAUGAUGGCGAGGAAGUGGAGAUGGGAGGGGAGGGAGGGAACUGGAGCUUAGUAAAAUUUUAUGGCAGUGUAAUACAGAAUAAAGUAAAAGUAAAAUCUGUGGUUGUUAAUGGAGAAUUUGCUGUGAGUCAGAAGUGGUUCAUUGAUAAAGUGACUUUUAUAGGAUUGAAAGGUGUUACGAAGUUGAAGGGUUAUGAGUUGAUUACUGAUAGGGGAGCAAAUCUGCAUGAAAACUUGGGAAUUAAAACUAGUUCUGAUGGCAGUGGAUCAUUUGUUACUGUGGACAUCUCAGUAAAGUUACCUAUUGGGAAGGAGUUCUCAUUAGAGAUGAGGCUCAGCUAGUAAUGUAAAACUAUUAAAAACAGAAUAAUGUUGCCAUUAGAUAACACUAUUGUUUGGCAUCUCUUUACAUUGGGAAUAAAAUUAUUCGGCUUCUACAGGUA